AUGGCCACGUCAAGCCAACACCAUCCGGGCUACGGCUCGCCCAGCCAGCAGCAGCAGCAGCAGCAACACCACCACCACCAGCAGUACACGCAACCGCAACAGUACAGGCACCCAGUGCAGCACCAAGGAGAUCAUGGCGUCUUGCAGCACGAGGGAGCCCACGGCAGUCCCCAUGGCCUCCCCCAAGUGCAAGCAGGAGGAUCUGUUUCGGCGGCAGCGCAUAACCAUCACCAGCAUCACCACCAUCAGCAUCCGCCGCACCUGAUGAUGGACGCGACGCGCAUGGGCCAUGCUCGAAUCGAACCGAGCCACUACGAGACCUCUGGCGGGAUGAUGAGCCCCAUGUACCAACACAUGGCCCCUUCCACGCAAUCGCAGGCCCAUCAGGUCCCAAACAGCCUCAAGAGACCACGAUCCGACAGUCUCGACGUCCCCCUCCACGGCUUGCACCAGAUGGGCCAUGUCAACCUCGCUGGUUUACACCAGGCGCAUCUAGGGCAGACAUACGCACAGGCCGCUGGUGGCACAGCAAGCCUGUCUCUCUCGCAUCCCACGCACCACCACCACCGUCUGCCCGAUUCCGAGCCCUCGGCCAAGAUGAUGCGCCGCGAGGACAUUGGCGGUGCGCCCAGUGUCGUUGGUCAGGAGGGGAUGCCCGAGCCGGCGCCCCGACCCAAGGGACCCAAGCUCAAGUUCACGGCCGAAGACGAUCAGCUGCUCAUCGAGCUCAAGGAGCAGAAGAACCUGACGUGGAAGCAAAUCGCCGACUUUUUCCCUGGCCGCUCCUCGGGCACCCUGCAGGUGCGCUACUGCACCAAGCUCAAGGCGAAGACCAAGCAGUGGAAUCCGGACAUGGAUGAAAAGCUCCGCGGGGCCUUGAACGACUAUGAACAAGAGAAGUGGCGGAUCGUCUCCACGAAGCUGGGACCUGGGUUCACGCCUGCGGCGUGUCGCGAGAGGGCCGAAGAGCUUUAUGUUCUGGGGGAGCACGGUGAGGCAAAGUUCGAAGAGCUGGCCUCCUCGCCGGAGGAGGCUGAGACCUCACUCGUGGAGCCGACCGAGACUAUGUACGCCCAUGUGCCCCUGGGCUGA